AUGGCUCGCAAACCAGCGGAUCCUUCACGAAAAGCUUUCCACCAACCGCCGCGCCCCGCGCCUUACACCACCUUAGCAUAUCGAGGUACUUCUGUCUUUCCAACAGCUAAUGAGGCUCCGUUGAGGCUCUGGAGUGAUUCGAAGGAGCCGCAUCAGGAGGCUCUGAGGUCCCAGACCAUCUCCCCUGGAACUUCAUAUUCCAACUCCAACGGUCCGCCGACGCCGGAGAGCACCACGCAGAUCAGUCCGCAUGCCAGUCCUUACCUCACAACUCUAUCAACUUCGCUCGAGAACCAGCAUUAUCGACUUCCGUACUCGGAAGAUACACCGUGCACUGACGACGCUGCCGCAUUCGGAUAUAUUGAGCAGAACCGCACGCCAGAACUCUUCGACGACUCGCCAGCAACGUUCUCGCCGUGGUCGGACCCGUCGCAACCACUGUCCAUAUUGACGCCAACUGAAAGUACCUCGUCCUCGUUGGCAGGCAUUCAGACUAGCCCCGAAACAGACAGUUUUGUACACCCAGUUGAAUUCACCAACGGCCCCACACCUACCCGCCUCCAACGACUCCCACAAUCGUACGGACCAUGGGCACCUUACUCACUACGUCAAGAUGACCUCAUGAACCUGGAUACGGACAGUAGUCCAUCGUCGCAUAAUUCGGCCCUCUCGCCUGCUUCGAGCUCCGGCCGAGCCAGGCGAGUAGGGCCAUUGACUCAGGAAGGACGCCGCAACGCGAACAAAGUUCGCGACGUCGGAGCUUGCCUACGAUGCUCGUGUAUGAAAGAGAAGUGCGACGAUGGCAAUCCUUGCGGGAGAUGCGGCAACAAGAUAGGUAGAAAGUGGAAGCUGGGCUGUCUCAGGGACAGACUCGAUCAAAGAGUCGACUACUUCUUCCCGACACCGAUCGCAAAUCGAUAUGAUCUAGCGCAAACGAACAGGUACAUUGAUAACGCGGGAUUCACCUAUCUCCAGCAUCGACCCGAUUUCACAAUCAGUCUGAGCAUGGGCGUCGGCGGACCGCCCCUGCAGAUCCCAGUACGGGAAGUCAGCCCGCUAGAGCAGAAGCGAAUACUACAAUCUUUUCAGAUCAAUAACGACAGCGGGAGUAUCGAUACCAAGCCUACUUGGGAUCCGCCCAUCGUACCGUUCUCGCUCAACAAGGACAGCUUCGUCAACAAUCUGUUCAACCAACUGGGCAACUCAAUAAAAAGCGUCUUCGAUAGAAAAUAUGAGGGAGGCUACUAUUGGCCCUGGAGAUGCUUCGAGGAUAUGAGCUGCCAUUGGGUAGGUGAGGUGGCGGAGAAGAUCCAUGAGUUUCAUCAUAACGCUACUGCUAUCACCUACUUCGACCCUAUCCGCAAAGCGCAUACAGCACUCUACUUCAACUACCUCUUGGACCACCCAUUUCUGGUGAAAGAGCCCGAGCAUAUUAGCCAUCUUCUUGCUCACCUCGAGAAUGGACCUGGACCAGCAGACACAACGCAGUAUAUCUCACCAGAGACUGUACAAAGGUUCGUCAAGGCAUCUAUCUUCCCGUUCCUGAAGAAGACUACGAGCGAGCUACUUGCAAAGCUCCACGAGACACUGCUCACCAUGGCACGAGCGAAGCCCAAAGAUGAGACUGUCGGGGGCUCACUCGCACAACGCGACCUGGCCUUCUCGCUUGCUUUCAUGCUCCUCAUUAUCAUUGGCCAGACUCAGUCACGCUUGCUGAUGCUAAGCGAGCUAUCAAAGACGGAGCCGGGCAUCAAUUUGUCCCUUCCCGAUGCUCAACUGCACAUCGACGAAGUCGAAGAGAAACUUGGAAAGUACAUCAUUCAUUUCCACGAGUUCGCGACCAAGAAGCGGCAGCGUCCUCGACAGUCGAAUGUGUUGCCACCACCCGUUGAGACUCGCAAAGCUGAGGAAGCGUACUCAGCCAAUUUCCAGCUCAUGAAGCACGUGGAGGGGUUCACGCGUCGAUACUGUACGUCUUCUCUUCCGCGCGCCGCUCCACUCUCAAUGUUUUUCAGCGCCGUCGAACACUGUGCUAAUCCUUCCUGUGCCUCUGUAGAUGCCGAUCGGCCCACCCACUUCGAACGCGGUCCACUCGAUAUCAAACGCUUCGACAAGGGCAACGUGCACCGCCUAUGCUGGAAGUUCGUCGAGACUGUCUUUGGCAGUGGCGAAUGA